GGCUGGCAGAUGUGGCGUGUCGUCCUCUUGUAUGCCGAAGAUUCUGAGCUGAUUCCUUCCCCCACCGAAUGGAUCACGGCCGUCUGCUUGCAUCGUGUCGAAGAUCCAGCCGUUUGUCGUUCGAUCUUAUCUCUUCACCUCGUCGUUGACGUCCGCGCCAGCGCGUCCAUCGCAGCGGAAUCGCUCGGGGAAUAUUCAACGCACAACCGCGUACUUUUCCUUCGCUUCAUCUCAAAAUGACGCCCGUUAUAGUCCUCAAUUCAGUAUCCCGAUACAUAUUUAUGAUAGUUAGCGUCUAGUUAUCAUCGAUGACUCGAUAUGGAGGAUGAUAACGAAACGUUACACUGAAUAUAACGGUUCUGUAAGAUCUUGGCAAAGAUUCUGAUAUGCACGCGACGCCCCGUACUUGGCUUCCCCUCCUAUACGCCUCUCCUCUUCUGAUCUCCCCUCUUUGUUCCUUCCCAUGCCAUCCCCAUGUUAGCUGAUUCCGCCUCUCUUCCCCCAUCACUGCCCCUCGAUCAUUUGAGCUCUAAACAAAGCAGAAACUUCUUUCCUUGACGGUCUCCCCCGCAGUCGUCUGCUUAUACCUGUACCAUCUCAAAUCUUUGGCAUCAGACCAAGCUAUGGAUUUCUCUGCGACGCUGCCGAGCUGUGGCGACUACGUUCGUGCGCUCGAGGAAGAGCGGAAGAAGAUACAGGUGUUUCAGAGAGAGCUGCCUCUUUGCCUGCAGAUCGUCACGCACGCCAUCGACAGUGCAAGACGACAGAUGAAUGGCCAUGCUACGAUGAGCGAAGACGGGCCUAUUCUGGAGGAGUUCAUUCCGUUGAAGCCGAGCUCGCCUUCGUCGGAGGAUAGAAGCGUCGAUGGAGCUGCCAAGAAGAGCGGGUCGGCGGCGACCAGGGCCGAUGAGAAGCCGGACUGGCUUAGAUCCGUCCAGCUCUGGAAUCAGGAAGCGGACGCAUUUGGGAAAGUGGAACCUCCGACGAAACCGAUAGCAGUGAAUGCCAGGAGGAUCGGGGGAGCAUUCCACCCCUUCGAAAGAGAAAAGCAUGUUGCAGCACCAAUCCCAGCUUCCAGUUCAACAACUAGUGGAAAAGGAGGAGUUGGUGGUAGUGGUGUUGGUGGAGAAGAGAAGGAGAAGGAAGGGCAGUCUCAGCCUCAUAGGAAGGCGAGACGGUGUUGGUCACCGGAGCUCCACCAACGAUUCCUGCACGCCCUCAAACAGCUCGGUGGCUCCCAUGUCGCGACGCCGAAGCAGAUCAGAGAGCUGAUGAAGGUGGAUGGCCUCACCAACGAUGAGGUCAAGAGCCAUUUGCAGAAAUACCGGCUGCACAAUCGGCGGCCGAGCACUGCAGUUCACAGCAGCAGCAGCAACACCACCAAUCCUCCCAUUCCCCAGUUUGUGGUGGUCAGCGGCAUAUGGGUUCCACCUCCAGAUUACACAGUUGCAGCACCACCGGCCGAUGCUCCUUGUACUCCUGCAGUUGGAGUUUUUGCCCCUGCGGCAUCACUCCCGUCAGACUCGAGAGUGCGGCCGCAGCAGAGCAAGCAAUCGGACAGGUCGCCCACAGGGCCACAGCUCGAGAAAGGUGGACGCAGCGAAGAAAGUAACAGCAGCGGGAAUGCUGCUGCUUUCAACUCUCUUUCUCCUGCCGCCUCUUCUUCCUCACAGACCACCACAGCCUCGCAUCGUUUACACAGAUCUUGACUGCGCAUGCAUUUCCUCGUCUCCUCUUGACCAGAGCUUUCGCCACCUCCCUCCAUCGUCCCCCAUGAAAUAAACAGAUAAAGGUACACGAAGCACAUGAUCUGUUUGUACGUUAAUCAACUUGAGUUAAGAUCACAUGCAAGAGUUUUAUGGUAGGAAGACAGUAAAACCUGCUACCUUUCAAGCAUUCAGGGAAGUGAAUUGUUGUUUACCCGCAUCACAAAGGAGUGGAUAAGCAUGGUGGUCAACGCGCUCUGGGCCAAACAGCGUCUCUAUUGGUUGACAGCUUUGUUGAUGAUUCGUUGGCUCUCUUAUCCUUUCAUUAGAUUACUUGUUUGGUUGAUGUUGUCGGCGGUGCAUGGCUGCUAUCAUUCAACAGAAGCUUCCAGCCGACGCAGCUUUCAUAGAAUCCUUAAAUAAUACUCAAAACAGCGAGAGGCCGGAUGAAGUGUCAGAACAAGAUAGCCACCAUACAGAUUUCAUGGAUAAGGAUAAAAGAGAACUUUGGUUGAGACUUUA